AUGUCCUCCUCGACUCCCUCCAAGAAGUGCAUCCAAAUCUCGUCGUCCUUCACCACCGACUCUGAACACCUUCGCGAGCAAAUACACGACAACAAGACGGGCGAGACAAAGACCAUCACUCACGACACGCCCCACGAAACCUCCCACACAACCACUCUUACCACCAAUCCCUACACCGUCGAGACCAACGGUGCCGAACAAAAGACCAAGCAAGGCGACUCCAUCACACUCGACAUCGAGCCUUCCCAUUGUCCAGCUACUAAAGAAGAGACAAUGUCCAACAAACCCCUUACCAUCGCCAUUGGCUGCGACGACGCCGGCUGCGGCUACAAGAACAAGAUCAAGGCCGACUUCGAGAAUGACCCUCGUGUCGAGAAGGUCAUCGAUGUCGGUGUCAACAGCAGCGAUGACAAGACUGCAUACCCACACACUGCUGUCGACGCCUCAAAGCUCGUAGCAGAAGGAAAGGCCGACCGCGCACUUUUGAUCUGCGGAACCGGCCUCGGUGUCGCCAUCUCAGCGAACAAGGUCCCUGGCAUUCGUGCCGUUACCGCUCAUGAUAGUUUCUCUGUUGAGAGAGCAGUUUUGAGCAACAACGCUCAGGUCCUGUGCAUGGGCGAGAGAGUAGUCGGUGUCGAGGUUGCAAGGAGGUUGGCCAAGGAGUGGCUCGGCUACAAGUUCGACGAGCAGAGUGCAAGCGCAAAGAAGGUUGAUGCGAUCAUGGAGCACGAGAGAAAGAACUAUCAAGGUGCGCAACAUGUUGAGGACAUUGCUCUGGGCAAGGCUGCUUGA